AUUAACUACCCGCGCUUUGGGAAGUGUGCAUCUGUGGAGUCCAGCUACUACGCUGUGUGAGAGAAGCUGCCUCAGCCAGAUACUAUUGGGGGGAAAUGUCCACCCGGUACCACCAGGCAGCUGCUGAUGGCAAUCUGGAACUACUGAAAGAAGCUACCAGAAAAGACCUCAACACUUCUGAUGCAGACGGGAUGACGCCCACCCUGCUGGUGGCAUACCACGGCAACCUGGAGGCAAUGGAAAUCAUUUGCCGAAGAGGGGGUGAUCCAGAUAAGUGUGACAUUUGGGGGAACACUCCUCUUCAUCAUGCAGCCUCAAACGGCCACGUCCAUUGCGUAACCUUCUUAAUCAAUUUUGGUGCCAAUAUCUUUGUCCUGGAUAACUACAUGCGUUCUCCUCUCGACGUGGCUGCCAACAGAAACCAAUAUGAAUGCGUCAAGAUCCUCGACAACGCAGCCACCGAGCAGAACAUGAAGAAUCUCAAAAGAGUCUCCAGGCUGAAAGCCCAGGCUCGGCGUGAUGCAGAGAGGCAAAUCCGUGAAUGUGAGAGACGUCAAGAGAAACAUGAACAUGAAAUGGCCAAGAACUUCAGCAAAGGAUCCAUGCAUUCUGCAAGGGGAACAGCCACGAGGACAAAAGUGUCCAAUUUCUUUACCUCCAGUUCAUUAAGCCCACUGCCCAAACACUUGAAAGACACCUUCAAGCUGAGGAACAAAAAGAAAGAGGAGAAUUUAGAUGGUCAUGAAGAUGGGAGCACUGGCCAAGAUAAAGGCACCCUAGCUGGGCGAACUGUCGUGAUGGAUGUCUUCAAUGAAAACGAUGAGGAAGAGCUGACAAAUGAAUUUAAGAGAAAAAACAGUGUUUCUGAAGAUGACGAUGAGCUGGGGCCAGAAUCCAUUUUCAAGCGGCCAGGGCUUGGAAACAUUGUGUUUUGGAGCAACUUGCCCACUGUGGGUGAAAACACUGAUGCAAUGCUCUGCAAGAAAGAAGAUAUCAGCGUCAACAUGCCUGAUGAAUUGCUCCAUUUCAAAGAGCCUGAGACUGACGGUGCCGACCCAGACACAGAGAAUGAUCCUGAAGAAUCCUGGAUUGAAGAAGAAAUAGGAUGGGACAAUGGGAAAGUGGAGACCACCCCGCUUGAGGUGUUUUUGGCAUCCCAGAACCUGAAUGAAUUCCUUCCCAUCUUGAUGAGUGAAAACAUUGAUUUAGAGGCCCUCCUGCUUUGUUCGGAUGAAGACCUACGGAGCAUUCAGAUGCAACUAGGCCCAAGGAAGAAAAUCCUUCAUGCAGUGGGCCGAAGAAAGCAGGCACUGGCAAAGCCUGGUAUGGCCAGAGACACUCAACUGUAAAUCAUAAAGGCGCCUGCAUUGCAAUUGCUGUACAUGAAGCUGCUGUGCUUCACAGAACAGAGCGUUAGGUCAGGGAUGAGGAACAUGCGGCCCUUCAAAUAUUGUUGGACUCCAACUCCCAUCAGCCCCGGCCAGCAUGGCCAAUGGCCAGGGAUUCCAUGAGUUGUCAUCAGUGGUGGCAGGUGCCCACUGAAGGCAAGGAGACCCAACAGUAAGAUGGAACCAGAGCCAAUGACAGCCAGAGCCAACUCAUUCCAGUUUUGUCUCUAUCCUCCUCCUUGUGGAGUAAUUAAACACAGAGACUGAGGAGGAGGAAGCUGACACCCAGUGCCACUUCCUGGACUGCUUGUAAGAAUGCAGGCAAGUGAAGGCUGGCUGAAGGCAGACUGAGGCUACUGGGGCAGUGCCCCAUUUGCCCAAAUGGGCCAACCUCUACUGGUUGCAGUCUAACAACGUUUGAAGGGCCACAAGUUCCCCAAACCUGUUUUAGAUUUUUAGAAAAGAGCAUCUGAGCUUUCUGAAGCCACAGAGCUGCUUAGCCGGUUCAGCUAUGGUCUGCAGGGGUCAGAUACAUGUAGAGUGUCAGUUCAUGAAAGGAGACAGCCUACAAGCCACUUCCAUGAUCACAAUGACGGUUUCUCCAGAUAAUCUUUAUAAAAGGGUCACGUAAACAGACAGAAACGGAACCAGCUUAUAUGUGUGAACCAGCCCCAUCAACAGCACAACAGAAAGAACACUCUCAUGCAGACUAUCCUAAAUGAAUGUGUUUGCAAACAUGGGCAUUUAUAUAGUCUAAUUCAUUUUUUCCCCCAAGAUCACCACAGGAAGAUGCUGUUGAAUGUAGAUUUUUAAGGGGGGGAAAUGUUACAAGGGAAAAAUUAAUUGGAAAGCUUUUGAAAAAGUAUACUUUGAAUUGAAAUGUUUAAAUAUUAAAUGGUUUUAAAUGGUUAAAACCAGUCCUUAGCUAGCCAACCCAUGGUCUAGAUCUGAAUUAUGGUGGCUAUGCAUACCACUUUACAGAGAACAGUUCUCUAUUUGAAGGCAUUCUCUAUUCAAAAGGUUGCCCAAUCCAAGUCUCAUUUAAAGAUAAAGAACCUCAAGAAGGAACUCGAAGGGAAAGCAGAAGUCUUGAAGUUGCCCGUCAACAAUUUGCACCUGGACAGCAGACUGUGUACCUGGUUACAGUCUUCUCCACUAUUGCAAGAUGUAUUCUAUUUCUAUUUAUAGAAAUUGGGUGAUAUCCAACAUCAGUCUUUCUCAGAACAUACCCACAGAAAUCAAUGGUGGCAUUCAAUGCUAGUCCUACUCAGAGUAGAGCCACUGAAGUUGAUGGCCAUAACUAACUUAGCUUCAUUCAUUUCAAUGGGUCUGUUCUGAGUAGGGCUUAGUUGAAUACAACCCAAUGGACAUAAGUCUGAGUAUGACAGUUGGUUAUCACUCACUAUUUCUAAAUUGCAUCUAUACAUAUGAAUUAGCACAUGCAAAUUGUAUGGAAAUUUGUUUUUGUCUUUCAUUCUAUUCUGCUGAUGCAUAAAUGGUCAUCCUAAUCUGAA